UGCCAUUGCUUCUCUGUAGGGUCAACCAUGCCUCGGAUCAAGACUGUGCAUUCGAAGGUUACAAAGGCUCCACGUCGUUCUUUUGAGAAGGAGCGUCUCGACCAGGCUAUCACUGCUCUUCUUCGCCGUCUUGUACGUAUUGGAGUGCUUCCUGAGGAUCGAAUGAAGCUCGAUUACAUUCUCGGUCUUCGUGUGGAAGAUUUCCUCGAGAGACGUUUGCAGACGCAGGUUUUCAAGUUGGGAUUGGCAAAAUCCAUUCAUCACGCCCGUGUCCUAAUCAGACAUAGCCACAUUCGGGCAGUUUAAAGGCACCGUCCACCCAAAGUGGGGACGUGUACUCUCUCGCCGAGAUUUUUCGUGCGAAUUUAUAUCGCGGUUCGUUCUGUGCCAGGCAAUGCUCGGAGACCCAAAUGUCACAGAUGCUGCAGUCCAUAUGAUUGAGAUGAUUGUUGUUGAUUGAUUGAUUGAUUGCAGUUAAUUUGAAAUAAAUGUCUU